UUAUACCAGACAGUGUUAGGAAGCAGAUCUGUCAAUAGCAAAGUUUAAAAAAGUAGAUUCCAAACAGAGACCUCUAAGACAAAGGAACAGCAGCAGCAGCUGUCAUGGGGAUACAAUGCCAGGAGUGCAGAUUUCCUCCACAAGAGAAUAUCCCAACUUUGUUUGACAGCAGUUACCAGCAGACUAAUGCUCCUGGCAGACUGUGGCUGUGGAACUAAAUAUGGAUAGGGAUGAAAUUUCAUCGGGUGGCUUAACGGCUUAGUAAAUCAGCAGAGAGCUUCUUGACUUCAGUGCUGUGGGCAUUCAGUUGCCCAGCCUGUAUAAUUUAGUACAAGUCAUCUUCACUCCCUACCCUAUGCUUACUUACACCAGGCUAAAUAAGAGCAGAAUUUGGUGCCUGCUCUCCAACCAACACACCAAGAGAGAAGUGUGCUUUUCAGGAAUGUUUCUCAAGAAAAUCAACCAAGUUUUUUUCCCUUCUUUUAAGUUGUUAAUGCCCACCCCAUCACACUCCUCCUAUCAGAGAUGGUUCAUUUUCUAAGCAGCAUCUUGUGCAUUUCUGGUUUCUCACCUGCAGUCCCAGCUGACUGAUUUAAAAGCCCUCAGGGGAAGGCUCAUUACAUGCACUGCAGGCACUGAGAACCCUUAAAAGAAGUACAAGAUUUCUCAGCCAGCUCCCCUUGAAAAGAGUUACUGCAAUGUGUCAGUGCAUCUCCUGCUUUGCAAAGCCACUUGUGGUGCCUUUAAUCCCUUCCCACUCAGCUCCCUUUAAAAAUUAAUCACCAGUCAGAGACAUCAUGAGGAGCUAUUGUAUUGUACUUAAUAUUUAAUGACUGUGUAGCAAACUUAAUAUUUAAUGAAUGUUUAGAUAAACACGUCUAUGCUUUUUUUCCUUCUUCUCUUGCAUUUUUUUAAAUGAUCCUAGAAACAGAGCUUGCCAUAUCUGCCCCAUAGGACAGGCAGCAAAUUGGCUGCUGAAUCAUGAAAAGCACGAGGAGCCAGGAUCUGUAAGCUGCAUUGCCACCUGUUCCGAGGGCUUUCACAGCAGCACCCACACACACAGCUCAGACAGCAUGCCAGGCCACAGCCCUUCCCACCAGGAAAGCCCAUCAUCUUUGAGCUCAUACAGAUGCUGAUGCUCUCAUCCCUUAGCGGGCUGAAGGAAGGAAGCUGACUUCACUCGAGCUUAAGUUUGCUGUAUAACACAAAUCUGGCUGCAUUCAUAUCACCUGGUACAGCACCUGAGUAAAGAAAACCAUCUCCUCACAUUGCUGCCACCUCUCUGGCCAGCCUUGUUCAUACGGACGGUACCAGCAUCCCUCCACACACAUCCUUAACUAAACAGGGACUCGAAGGGAAACGAUGAACAGAGGAUACCAGCAUCCUCCACGUUCUCUGCAUGCAAAACAUGGCACUGCUCUGCCCACAGUGAAGUCAAACGGCAGCAAGGAUUUGUGCAGCCUGGCGCAGCUCCCAGCAGAGCCACAAUGUCUGAUCAGCUCUGCUCUUUCCAAUAGGAUUUCUAUUUCAGAAUGGUUUCUUGUUAUGCCCUCGAGUCUUUCCUGGCAAUAUCACCAGAGGCCUGAUGUGACAGCAAUGCUAAAUUAUAUCUUGAUAGCUAAUUAGAGUAAUUAAAGUGAAAGUAAUCAAAUCAAAGUAACGGCCAAACUCUUAAUAAAAUGUCAAAAAAUCUCUAUUAAUCACAGAGGGUUUUUUUCCCCUACGUGAACGUCUAAGAAUGAGGCUGAAGUCCCGGGCUGCCCAUCCCAUCCCAUCCCGUCCCGUCCCGCCCCGCUGCCGCCGUGUUUGCGGUCUCCAGGCAACGCCUCCCCACUGCCCCCCCGCCGCCCCGCCGCCCCACCUCGCCUCGGGAGCCGCGGGCCGCUCCGCCGAACGCCGCUGCCAGGCUGUUGUAGAUGCUCGUGUGAGGCUCCUUGCUGAAGAUACAGGUGCUGGCAAUGUCACCUCAGGGGCUCGCCGCGCUGCUCUGCAGAGAAGGGGACCAGCACCUUGCCCAGCAGGAGCUGCCCACAGCCACGGCUUUCUACGUGGCCGCCUUCAGCUGCAGUGCUCCCACAGCCCUGCAGAAAGUGAACUCCUUGGAGAACGGGCUCUGGGAGAGAGUCAUUGCCACCUUGGAGAUGUGGUGCAGGGGUAAGAGCCAGAUUCCCAAGAUCCAGAGCAAGAAUGUGGCCAUCGCGUCGCUCAGAGUGGAAAUAGCUGCUGUCUUUCUCUCCACCCUAAGUCCUGACAACGUGCUGUCCUCAAUAUAUAAACUGGAGGCCCUGCUCAGGCGGGGAUGCUCAGAGGAGGUGGUGAGCAAAUGCAAUGUUCUGCUCAAGGCUCACCCGAAGUAUUCAGUAGAACUGCUGCUGCUCAGGGCGUUGGCAUGGGUGCUGUCGGGGACACAGAUUAGGAAGGGAGUUGCGGACUACAUCCAAGUGUUUGUGAGGCAUCGGGCUGAGGCAGUGGCCUAUGUGUGUACCAGGCAAAAAGAACACCUACCACAGAUCAUCCAGGCCUUCUCUAAUUUUCUCUCAACGUAUCAGAAAGAAAGCCCAGAUGGCAGUUCCUUGGACCACUGGCUGGGCAACUGCUAUGCCUUCUUGUCUGCAGUGGCACCAGGUGAUGUCUGGGUUUGCAGAGCGCAGGCAGCUUACCUCUUUAGGAAAAGCAAAUUUGAGGAGUGUGUGGCAGUUUGUAGCAAGGCCCUUAAGGGACUGUCAGUAGAUAAUAGUCUCAGAGAUGAGAAAAUGCUGGGUCUGCUCUUGGAACGGGCUGCCGCAUAUUUCUUCUUGGGUGGCCGGAUGCAGGAAAUGAUGCAGGAUUUAGCAGAAGCCUUUGCAGCAACCCCUGACCUGGCAAUGAAGCACUUUGAAGAGCUUUUCUCACCACCUGACACUGAGAAGAUAGAAGAACAGGCUAGAACUGUCCUGGAAGUGAAGUUUGCAGCAUACAGGGAGGCUGUGCGUGCUCGGACAGAACUCAGAAGCAAUCGUUGUACUGAACUGCUCCCUUCUGUAAUCCAAACAGUGCUUUUCCUCCUGCGUAUCUCCCCGGGGUCCAAACGUGAGCUCAGUGUCCGGCUGGCAGACUGCCAUCUCCUGCAUGGACACAUCAGAGCUGCCUUGGAAAUCUGUGACCAGCUUCUGGCAGCAGAGCAGAAAACUUAUCACAAUACUCUCCUAGCAUUGCGAGGAUUCUGUGCCCUCCAUUCUCAUGAUCAUCAGCAAGCCCUGCAGGACUUUCAAAAGGUCAUUGAGCAUGAUUCCCCACAUCCUAACAGCUGUAUUAAAGCCUUAUGUGGGCGCGGGCUGAUCCGGAUUUCUGGUGGCAGCCAUUACUUGACAGCCCUGGAUUACAUCACAGCUUGCCAGUUAAAGCUAGAAGAAACCAUCUUCACCAUCAAGGCCUACGUGCCGUGGAACCAAAGAGGACUGCUGCUAAAGGUUCUCCAGGAAGAGGGACAGAAGAUGCUCCAGAAGAAGAGGUACCCAGGAGGCAGUUCAGCCUGUGGACAGAAAAACAAAUACAGCUGA